AUGCGCGCACCUCAAACAGUUGUUAGACCAUUACAGACGGAACCCUACAGGGCCGAUGUUCAGCCGGGGGCUAACGCUAUAAGGUACCACAGCCUCGGCCUAAAGCAGAAGGGACUGAUUAUUGUGACAACCCUUGCGAUGAACAUCGCCUGUUACCUUUGCUACGUAAACUUCGAGCAGUUUGGUGGUUUCGAUGCUCUAACAACUGCGAAGAGUACUCCCAACUGGCAGCCAAAGACGAAACCGAAGACAAGAACUACAGAAAAUACGCAAACAGCCAAUGUUAACAAAACUAAACAGAUAGAAAACUCCGUAGCCGCGAGCAAUGAGAUAUAUAAGAUCCUUAUUUUAUCCAAUCACGUUGAUGAAUACGAAGAGAGCCAAUGCCCGGUCGAAGUUGCAGUUCAAACUCAAUGUUGCGAGUUCACAAUCAAAUCGCUGAUACCAAAAAGGACAAAGUUUAAAGUGAGAAAGCUGGUACAAAAAUGUUUGAUGAAUAAGCGGGAAAGGCCUAUGAGUAUUGGACCUUACGUGGUACCGACACAACUGGACUUGGUGCUCUUCACACAGAGAACUUUACUCAAAAUGUUCCGUAGUUACCAUGAAAAGACUCUGCUCUUACUUAAGGAUAUUAAGGAGGCUACUAGAGCGACGGUGGCAGUGGAAAAGAAGUGCCGUGGUGACGGCAAAACAAUGUACAAGAAGUGUGUGAGACAGGUCAGCAAGAAAUGUGUCACCAUCACCAAGGACCUUGGCCAGUCGUUGGAGAGACAGCAAGCUCAAGUCAUAGCGUUAACAGAGGACACGAUAUGUAACAUAACAUCUAUGAAAACGGAUCCUAUACAAUUAAUAAAAGUCUUAGCUGUGGACGAAGCGUCAUUAGAAUUUGCAUUACCCGCCUUUUUACGACUACUUGGCGGAUGUAACGUCUAUUGUACCAAAGAAACUCCACUAGACCGCCGUCCUCGUCUGCGACAACUGACAGAUCAAGAAUUAGUAGUUAGACACUUCCUUACGAAAAAAAAUUACGUACAACUUAUAAAGGACACCAAUAAGUAUGUGUAA